AUGUCUCUCUGGGCACGGGUCAUAAGGAGCAAGAAUGUGGGCUUGACAGGAGAUGCAGAAGAUGUUUUGGUGAAAUCUUUUAGCAUUGGUGACAAUGAUGUCAAGAUGACUUUGAGAUUAGAUAGUUUCAAGAGAAGCAAUUCAGGGACCAAGUCAUCAUGUAACGGUUCCUGCAAAGCGGUCCCGGGAGAAUCAUUAAGCUUUAUAAAUUGGGAAUGUGAGAAAACUAAGCUGGACAUGACUGCUGCUUUCAAGAUUCAGGACUCUGAAUACUGUAAGAUGGAACCUACUUCUAUGAAGAGCAAAGGGAAUGUUAGAGUUCCUGAACUGAACCCGCCCAUGCGUCCUUUAGUAUCCCCGAGGCCUAAGUGCGAGCUUGAUGCCGCAGCUGUUAAGCUUCAGAAGGUAUAUAAGAGUUACCGGACCCGAAGAAAUCUGGCGGAUUGUGCAGUUGUAAUCGAGGAAUUAUGGUGGAAAGCAAUGGAUUUUGCAUCCCUCAAGCACAGCUCAAUUUCCUUCUUCGAUGUUGAAAAACCAGAGACAGCAGUUUCGCGCUGGGCCAGGGCACGAACAAGAGCUGCCAAGGUUGGUAAGGGUUUGUCCAAAAACCACAGGGCUCAAAAGCUGGCAUUGCAACACUGGCUUGAGGCAAUCGAUCCACGCCACCGAUAUGGGCACAAUCUGCGUUUCUACUACGAUGUCUGGUUUGAGAGCGAGAGCGCACAGCCAUUCUUCUAUUGGUUGGAUGUUGGCGAAGGCAAGGAAGUGAAUCUUGAGAAGUGCCCAAGAAAUAAACUCCAACAGCAAUGCAUCAAGUACCUUGGACCGAAGGAGAGGGAGGCAUAUGAAGUCAUCGUCGAGGAUGGGAAACUCAUAUAUAAGCAAAGUGGAGUGCUUGUGAACAGUAGUGAAGGUUCUAAGUGUAUAUUUGUUCUCAGCACAUACAGGGCUUUGUAUGUGGGACAGAAGAGGAAAGGCUCGUUUCAGCACUCAAGUUUUCUGGCUGGAGGCGCUACAACAGCUGCUGGGAGAUUGGUUGUGACACAGGGGAUUUUGAAGGCCAUAUGGCCAUACAGUGGUCAUUACCUCCCAACUGAGGAGAACUUUAACGAGUUCAUCAGCUUCCUUGAAGAAAACAAUGUAGACCUUACUGAUGUCGAGAGAUGUUCAAGUGAAAAGGAUGAUGAAUACCCUCCACUGAAGAAGUCUAAGACUGAGGCAGUGAUGGAGGUGGCAGAGGAUGCUACAACAUCUCAACCAGGAGACUUGAGCGACACCGAGGAGGAAGAGCCUCCUACCGAGCCUUCAGAGGCAGAGUUCAAGGGCAACAACUGUCAGAAACCAAUGACGAUCGAGUUGAGCAAGUGCUUAUCAUGCAAAUGGACAACUGGGGCUGGGCCUCGCAUUGGGUGCGUCCGGGAAUACCCCACAGAUCUCCAGUUCAAGGCACUGGAGCAAGUUAAUCUUUCACCAAGGAUCAUCCCCUCGCCGGUGGGGAACAAGGGUCCCAUCCCUUCUCCACGCCCCAGCCCUGGGAUGAGGCUUUCCCUUGCAAACAUGGUCCUUCCUACCCGCACCAUCACUCUAACUCUUCCCAAGCCCGCGAGAAGAUGA